GUCGUCCAUAAUCAUUGCCGAUUAUUGAAAUUCAUUGCAUCUAUUAUCAUUGUUUCUUUUUUUUUGACGACGAGUGCACUGACACAGAAUUAGUAAGUCACUUUGAUUCAUACACUUGUCUUAAGCUCCAGGACAACUAAUGGAUUUGCAGUUAAGUUGGGCCGCCGAAUAUGCGGCAUUUGCGUGUAUGCUUGGAAUAUCUAUACUCAUUGGUCUUUAUUAUGGAUUUGUAGAGCGUAAACAAAGUACUGUCAAUGAUUACUUGCUAGGAGGCAAGCACAUGUCUGUCUUUCCAAUUACAAUGUCUUUGAUUGCCAGUCACAUAUCCGGUAUUACUCUCCUAGGAGUACCUUCUGAAAUCUACGUAUACGGUACCCAGUAUUUGAUUGUAGCUAUUAUUAACAUAUUUAUAAUACUCAUAGUUAUCUAUGUGUUCUUACCAGUAUUCUACGAUUUGCAACUUACCUCAGUUUACGAAUAUUUUGAGCUACGUUUUAAUAGAAAAAUUCGAGGUUUGGCAUCACUUAUGUUUACUAUUUCAUUGAUAUUGUACAUACCAGUUGUAAUCUAUAUCCCAGCAUUAGCAUUUAACCAAGUAAGCAAACUAAAUGUCCAUUCUAUCACGCCAAUUUUAUGUCUUAUUUGCAUAUUUUAUACAACUGUAGGAGGACUUAAAGCUGUAGUGUGGACUGAUGCUGUACAAAGUUUAUUCACAACAAUAUCAAUAGUGGCAGUAAUUAUUUUAGGUAUUAUACAAGUGGGUGGAGUGGGUAACGUAAUUAAAGCCAAUGCUGAAGGAAAUCGGUUGGAGUGGUUUAAUAUGGAUCCGGAUCCAUUAUUAAGAAAUUCAUUUUGGACUGUAAGUAUUGGCACAACUUUUAGUUGGGUUCACGGUCUCGGAAUGCAUCCCGGAGCAGUUCAAAGAUUCGUAGCGUUGCCAACAUAUAAUAAAGCUAGAAAAGCUUUGAUUUAUUUUAUUCUUGGCAUAGGAAUAGUAAAAAUUCUUACAGGUGCUAUAGGUAUGCUGGUUUAUACAAAGUUCAAAGAUUGUGAUCCUGUUAUGGCCGGAUACAUCGAAAAUGAUAAAAAUUUAUUACCUCUUUUUGUUACAAACGUGGCUUCUAAUUAUCCUGGCCUCACUGGUCUUUUUAUUUCUGGAAUCGUGAGUACAGCAUUGAGUACUAUGUCUGCACAACUCAAUACUGUAUCUGGAACUAUAUAUGAAGACUUUAUUGUUAAAUUGUUAGGAGUGAAAGUUAGUGAUUUAAUGGCUAGUAUUAUCAUGAAAGCCACCGUAGUUAUAGUUGGAAUAAUUUGUGUUUCCUUAGUUUUAGUAGUAGAAAAACUCGGAAGCAUUUUACAGAUAUCAGUUACCUUAGGAGGUGUUACACAAGGAUGUCUAUUGGCAGCUUUUGUUUUGGGAAUGUGCUUUCCGUGUGCAAACUCCAGAGGAGCAUUGUGGGGAAUGAUUGUUAGUUUUGCUGUAAUGUCUUGGAUAACUUUAGGGGCUGAAAUGGCAAUAAUGAAUGAUAAAAUUAAGUUUGUUACAAAAGAAGUGUCAGUGACUGGUUGUCCUAGUAAUAUUACUUUACAGAAUACUACAGACUUUACUGGCCUAUAUCGUUUAAAUCACGAUGUAUAUGUUGCUCCUGACGUAUGGAAGAUCUUUACUCUUUCUUAUAUGCAUUAUAGUACUGUUGGUACAUUAAUUGGCAUAUCUGUUGGGUUAAUAGUUAGUCUUAUAUUUCCAAAAGAACAACACAUAGAACCUAAUCUGUUAACUCCUUUUGUACGAAGAAUUGUAUACCCUAAUCACAAAAAUCAAAUUAUGAAACCGAAUGGAGUUAUAGUCGAAGAGUACAAUUUAGUGCCUCAAAAUACUCAAUUAUGAUGUUGGUUAAUUAUAGUUAUUGUAACUAUGAAGUAUGUAUACAUUUACAAAAGUUCUAUUGUUUAUAAUUUGAAAUCAGUAAAAAGUUAUAGUUUUUGAAAAAAUAUGAACUUUGAUGUUAAUUAGUAAAAUGUGUAUUAUAAUGUUUUAUCUGUUUUUCAAACAAAAAAAUAAGUAAAUGCUUAUCUAAUUCAGUUUUAAAAAAUUGUAUUUAAUUAAAUAAGUUGUGUGGUCCAUUUUAUGGUAAUUUCGAAUUAUACAUCAAUCAUUUUGCCGUGCAAAACACGCAAAUUUCAUCUAUUACACUCGUUAUUACCAAAUUGAGGUGAAUUAAAAUACUAUAAGAUUAAAAUAAUUUGUAUGUCUAUAUAAAUUUUGUUUUAUCACAAGUGAGAAUAACUUCUGUCCCUAUAUAUUUUUGUUAUUCCCACUUAGUUACAUUUAUAUUGUUGAUAUUGUAAUUUUAUAUUUCAUCGUAAGAAAUAGCAUGUAGUUACCCAAGUAAAACAUACCAAAGUUAUUUAAA